CACUCGGUAGGUAACAACACGGUUUUCUGCGUGCUUGUCCCAGAGUGAAACCGUAGUUGGAACUGAACGCAAAAAAGCACCUUUACUUAAAUUACUCUACGCGUUUUCAAAAAAGAAAUAAAAUCAUUUUAAGUUUUUACUUGUCGAAAGAAUAUUGACUCAAAGAUGGACGAAGAGCUCCAGUCCAAGAUGCAAGCUGAGUUAGACAAAUACAAAAGCGUGGAAAAAGAGUACCACACUACAAUGACUCAAAAACAGCUCUUGGAGAGUCAACUGCAUGAGACAACUGGUGUGAAACUGGAACUCGAUCUUUUGAAAGAGGACGGUGAAGUUUAUAAAUUGAUCGGACCCGUCUUAAUGAAACAAGAGGUAAAUGAGGCCAAGUCAAACGUGAACAAAAGAUUGGGCUUCAUUACUGUCGAGAUUAAAAGGAUUGACGACCUACUGACUUCCCUGGAAAAGAAAAUGAAUUUUCACAAAGAGAGGCUGGGAAAGCUUCAAGCUCAAAGCCACCAGUUUCAGCAGGGAUUAGCAAAAGCUGCUGCUAAGACAAGUGCUUAAUUAAUUUUUUUAUACGUAUAAUGUAAAUUAACAAUUAUUUAUAUUAAUUCAAGAAAAUAAAUAAUGUUAAAUAAUAGUUUUUCAUAAAUAAAUCUGGAAAUCCCUGAGUAAUGAUUCAUCAUUUCAAAAAAGUAAUGUUAGUUUACUGCAUAUAUAAUUUAUGUAGUAACUUAAUAUUAAAUACAAUAGGUUUUAAGUAUGGCAUUUAAAUAAAAAUAUAUUUUACUAAAAAAAAAAGAAGCAAAACUAACACUUUUAUUAUUGAUAUAGUGUCAAAUAUAUAUACAUUAUUAUUUUUUAGAAUCAUUGUUAAUUUUCUAGUAAGCUUGCAAUUGUUAAUAGUUAAGUAAUAUCGUAAAUAUUAACACAAUUUGAAAUGCUGCCUUUGAAACUACCCUUUGUACAAAAGAAUUUAAAUAAAUAUUUGGUUUUUGAAAAUAGUA